AUGCCGGCCACGUUGGGAAUCAACGGCUUCGGCCGCAUCGGCCGCCUGGUGUGCCGCGCGGCGCUCGGCAACCCGGAGGUGCAGCUGAAGGCCAUCAACGAUCCCUUCAUGGACCUCGAGUACAUGGUCUACAUGCUCAAGUACGACUCCGUGCACAAGCGCUACCCGGGCACCAUCGCCACGAAGGUGGCCGACGGCAAGGAGUUCCUGAUCGUGGACGGCAAGGACAUCGCGGUGUUCCACGAGAAGGACCCGGCGUCCAUCCCGUGGGGCGCCGCGGGCGCCAGCUACAUCUGCGAGUCCACCGGCGUGUUCACUGCCCAGGAGAAGGCUGAGCUGCACAUCAAGGGUGGCGCCAAGAAGGUCAUCAUCUCUGCCCCUCCCAAGGACGCUGUCCCGAUCUACGUCGUCGGUGUGAACCACACCGAGUACAAGGCCUCGGACACCGUGGUGUCCAACGCGUCCUGCACCACGAACUGUCUGGCCCCGUUGACCAAGGUGGUGCACGAGAAGUUCGGCAUCGUGGAGGGUCUCAUGACCACGGUGCACGCGAUGACGGCCACGCAGCUCACGGUGGACGGCCCGUCCCGCGGCGGCAAGGACUGGCGCGGGGGCCGCUGCGCCUCGCAGAACAUCAUCCCGUCCUCCACAGGCGCCGCCAAGGCGGUGGGCAAGUGCCUCCCGGCGGUGAACGGCAAGCUUACAGGAAUGGCUUUCCGCGUGCCCACGCCGGACGUGUCCGUGGUGGAUCUGACGUGCCGCCUGGAGAAGGGCGCGAAGUACGACGAGAUCGUGGCAGCCGUGAAGGAGGCCGCCGCGGGCCCGAUGAAGGGCGUCCUGGACUGGACCGACGAGGAGGUGGUGUCCACGGACUUUGUGAGCUGCAAGGCCUCGUCCAUCUUCGACGUCAGCGCUGGCAUCUCCCUCAGCGACACCUUUGUCAAGCUGGUGUCCUGGUACGACAACGAGUGGGGCUACUCCAACCGCCUCGUGGACCUGUGCUGCCACAUGGCCAAGCCUUCAGUUUUGCACAAGGUGCGAGAUCAGCUCUCCGCUUGCAAGGCGCCGUUCUGGCUCCAGAUUAGGUUUCGCCCUGCCCUCCUGCCUGCGUGCUACUUGAACACCAUGCCGGCCACGUUGGGAAUCAACGGCUUCGGCCGCAUCGGCCGCCUGGUGUGCCGCGCGGCGCUCGGCAACCCGGAGGUGCAGCUGAAGGCCAUCAACGACCCCUUCAUGGACCUCGAGUACAUGGUCUACAUGCUCAAGUACGACUCCGUGCACAAGCGCUACCCGGGCACCAUCGCCACGAAGGUGGCCGACGGCAAGGAGUUCCUGAUCGUGGACGGCAAGGACAUCGCGGUGUUCCACGAGAAGGACCCGGCCUCCAUCCCGUGGGGCGCCGCGGGCGCCAGCUACAUCUGCGAGUCCACCGGCGUGUUCACUGCCCAGGAGAAGGCUGAGCUGCACAUCAAGGGUGGCGCCAAGAAGGUCAUCAUCUCUGCCCCUCCCAAGGACGCUGUCCCGAUCUACGUCGUCGGUGUGAACCACACCGAGUACAAGGCCUCGGACACCGUGGUGUCCAACGCGUCCUGCACCACGAACUGCCUGGCCCCGUUGACCAAGGUGGUGCACGAGAAGUUCGGCAUCGUGGAGGGUCUCAUGACCACGGUGCACGCGAUGACGGCCACGCAGCUCACGGUGGACGGCCCGUCCCGCGGCGGCAAGGACUGGCGCGGGGGCCGCUGCGCCUCGCAGAACAUCAUCCCGUCCUCCACAGGCGCCGCCAAGGCGGUGGGCAAGUGCCUCCCGGCGGUGAACGGCAAGCUUACAGGAAUGGCUUUCCGCGUGCCCACGCCAGACGUGUCCGUGGUGGAUCUGACGUGCCGCCUGGAGAAGGGCGCGAAGUACGACGAGAUCGUGGCAGCCGUGAAGGAGGCCGCCGCGGGCCCGAUGAAGGGCGUCCUGGACUGGACCGACGAGGAGGUGGUGUCCACGGACUUUGUGAGCUGCAAGGCCUCGUCCAUCUUCGACGUCAGCGCUGGCAUCUCCCUCAGCGACACCUUUGUCAAGCUGGUGUCCUGGUACGACAACGAGUGGGGCUACUCCAACCGCCUCGUGGACCUGUGCUGCCACAUGGCCAAGGUUGACGGCGCCUGA